AUGGGGCCAGCAGUGAAGGACAGGGCUGUGCGGGAACUAAAGAAAGUGGGCAAGGACCUCCAGGACAUCCACCUGCAGGUCAAGCAGCAGCAGAAAGAGAACCAAGGCUCGGAGGAGUGGAUCCAGCUGAAUCCCGCAGAAAGUCAAGCCUUCGAAGCUUCUAUUCAUCUUCAUCUCGCUGCUCAUGCAUGCAUGGAUGAAAACACAGCUCCAAAGGUGCCAUAUGCCUACCUGCUUUCUGAUGGUACUGUAAGUGAUUCACAGCCUAUCAAAGCCAUCACCUCCUGCAAGCUUGACAUCUACUUGUUUCCAUUUGACAUUCAGAACUGCACUUUAUCAUUCAACUCAUACACACUCAAGAGUAAUGCUUUGCAGCUUUACCUGAAAGAGACUCCAGAGAGGAUGACUGAAUACUCUAAAUCUAGGAUGGCAACUAUGGGUGAAUGGGAAUUAAUUGGAAUUGCAGCAAAGAAAUACACACUACCAUCUACAGCAUCGGGCUCUUACGAUGAAAUUCGCUUCUAUAUCUCAUUGCGGCGCCAGGCCAUGCUGUAUGUAGCGAACCUCCUGCUCCCCAGCUCCUUCCUCAUCACUGUGGACCUCUUCAGCUUCAUCUUACCUCCCAAUGAUGCUGACCGGUCUUCAUUCAAGAUGACACUGAUCCUAGGCUACACCGUCUUCCUGCUCAUGAUGAAUGACCUGCUGCCUGCCACUGGAAAUGCCAUACCUCUCAUAAAUGUUUUCCUUUCUAUGUGCCUGGCUAUGAUGGUGGCUAGUCUACUGGAAACUAUCGUCAUUACAAACUUCCUCUGCGGUUCCUCUAACUAUUCUCGAGCUCCUCGCUGGAUCAGAGUGCUUUUUCUUAAAAUCCUGGGUCGACUAGUAUGCCUUCCUCCAAAGCCCAGAGAUCGGAACGACACAGUGAUCCAAAAUCCAGUCACACAGGUCUCCUCUCCAGUGACAGAGGAAUCCAAGACUCUGGAGCAGAAGGGGCCACUGGGUGAGGACAAAACCCUGCAAGAGCUGAGGAGCCUGGGCAGAGUCCUCCAGGCCGUCCGCCUUCAGGUGGAGCAGCAUCUGAGCAAAAGCCUGAGCACAGAGGAAUGGGUCCAGAUAGGUUUAAUCAUAGACCGCCUGCUGUUCAUCCUUUACAUCAUCUUCAUAACAGUCAGCUUCAUUACCAUCAUCAUUAUCUGGGUGGUUUCAUACAAUGCGGCCUAA